AUGUCACGGCUAAUUGUGAAGAAUAUCCCAAAUUUGAUUACAGAAGCCCAAUUAAAGACAAUAUUUGAAAAAAAGGGUGAAGUCUCCGAUGUUAAAGUUAUUUUUAAAGGCAAUAAGAAUAGAAGGUUCUGUUUCAUAGGCUACAAGAAUGAAUCAGAUGCAAUCAAAGCAAAAGAACAUUUCGAUAAAACAUUCGUCAUGAUGUCCAAAAUAUCAGUUGAUUUUGCUAAGACAGUCGAUGAUCCAGCCCUCCCAAGAGCCUGGUCAAGACAUACUCCAGGAUCAUCAGCAUUUCAAAAAGUUCACAAAAGCGAAGAACCACCAGUCACAAAAAAAGUAAAAUAAAAUAAAGAAGACCAAUAAGAGUAAGAAGAACCUAAGAAUGAAGUAAAAUCAAAGAAAUUCCAAGAGUUCUUAGAAUUGAUGAAAACUAAUAAGAAAUCUAAUUAGGAGAUAUCGUGGAAUGAUAAUGUGAAUAAUUAAGUUGACGAAAUCUUUGAAAAGAUCGAAAAGGAAAAGCCUAAAGUUGUUCAAUAACCCAAAACAAGCACCCCAGCAAAUGUAAAUGAAAGAAGACUAUAUGUUACUAACAUCCCAUACACAAGUACAGAAUAAGAAUUAAAGACUGUAUUUGAAAAGUAUGGUACUGUUUCUAGUUUAAAGAUACCAAAAUAAAGAGGAGGGUCACUUUCUGGUUUUUGCUUUGUGGAAUAUCAAUUACCAGAAGAAGCAAUCAGGGCAUUUAGUGAAUUAGAUAAUAAGAUUGUAUUGGGAAGGAUUUUUCAUGUUAGACCUGCAUUUAAGGAUGACAAGGAAGAACAAUUAAAAUAAGAAUAAUAAAUGAAUUAAGAGAAGAUGAUUGGAGAAGAAAAAUCAUCAUAUAAGAAAUUUAAGAAACAAUAAAUGCUUGAGAGACUCAAUGAUACUACAUCAUGGAACACAUUAUUCUUAAAUCCUAAUACCAUAAUUGAGGGCAUUUCUAAGAAGUACUCUUUGGAUAAAAAGGAAAUCUUAUCAGAAGAAAAUGAUGACAUGGCUGUUAAAAUGGCUCAAAUGGAAACCUAAGUUAUCAAAGAAACUAAAGAUUGGCUUAAGAGCAUUGGUUUGAACAUUGAUUUUUUGAAAGUUGAAAAGAAUCAAUGUGAAAGAUCAAACAUUACUAUAUUUGUUAAGAAUAUUCAAUUUAGAGUUAAUGAAACAGACUUAAAUGAACUAUUUUCAAGAUAUGGCUAAGUCAAUAAAGUUUUCCUUGCUCCAAAUAGAUCAAUUGGUAUUAUUACUAUGUAAGAUGACAAGUAGGCUAACAAUGCUUUUACUAAUUUAUAAAAUUAUAAAUUUAAGGGAUGCAUCUUGUAUUUAGAGUGGGCUCCAACCACUCUGAUGGGAGAAACUAAUAAAACUAAUGAAGUCAAUCAAUAAGUUGAAGAACAAGAAAAUGAGUUAACUCGUAUUCUUUAUGUCAAGAAUCUUAAUUUUAGUACAACAGAAAAAAACUUACUUAAAUUUAUGUCCUCUAAGGUCAAUGACAUCAAGAAAGUGACAAUUAUUAAUAAGGAAGGAGUCUCCUAAGGUUAUGGAUUUAUUGAAUUUGAUAAACCAGAGUCUGCCCAAAAGGUAUUACGUUUAAAUAAUUUGAUUUUGGAUGAUCAUUUACUGUAACUAAGUUAAAGUAAACCAAAACCCAAAUAAGGUAUGAAUUAGUUAUAUUUUAAUAGAUUUGAAUAAAAGAAAAUAAAAACAAGAAAUUGAACCUACAAACAAACUUUUAAUCAAAAACUUACCUUUUGAAGCCAAUGCCUAGGAAUUGAGGAGAUUAAUUAAAUAAUAUGGAGAACUGAAAAAAUUAAGGCUUCCUAAAAAACUUGAUGGAAGCAUCAGAGGUUUUGCAUUUGCAGAAUUUCUCAAUAACGAAGAAGCAUAAAACGCAGCUGAGUCAUUAUAGAGUACUCACUUCUAUGGAAGAAGAUUAGUUAUUGAAUAUUCAAAAGAGGAGUGA